AUGAAACACAUAGGAAUCGUCGACAUUACCACAGUCGGCGCAUGUUUAUGUGCAAAUGAAAUUGUUGCACAAGCAGCGAAGAUUAACUCAUCAGGAAAACAUCCAGAAUUUACAAUGCAUGCUUUCUCUUAUGAUCAAUACAAAGACUGCAUCUUUAAAAAAGACUGGGUUACUUUGGCCAACAAAAUAUGCGAAUCGAUUAGAUUACUGGAAAAAGUCGGUGCUAAUUUUGUCAUUAUUCCGUCAAAUACUCCUCAUUUCUCUAUUGACCUUAUUGAAAAGAAUUCACCAUUGACAGUUGUUAAUUUAAUCAAACUUGUGGCUGAUGAAUGUCACAGAAGAGGUUUCUCCAAAGUUUUAGUACUUGGAACUAAACUUACAAUGCAAGGUGGAUUAUACAAUGAAGUUCUAAAAUCUAAGAACAUUACUCCAAUGAUUCCAACAGAUGAUGUUUGUGAUAAAAUUGAACAUUUAAUAAGAAAUGAAAUUAUCCCAUCACAGAUAAAUUCAACUACCGUAGAAGAUAUUCAACAAGAUAUACAAAAAUAUGAUUGCAAUGCGGUGAUUCUUGGAUGUACGGAGUUACCUGUUGUAUAUAACGAAAAUAAUCUUGGAAAACCUGUUGUCGAUACAACUCGUUUACUUGCUCACUAUGCUUUAAAACUUGCCAUUGACGAUAAUCUCAUACCAAAAUGA